AUGGAGUUCCAGGCAAAAGAUCUGCUCCUGCUCGUUUGGGUUCAUGGAUUCAAAGGGACCGAUGUUACCUUCGAGGCAUUCCCAGAGCGCGUAUGCCAUCUUCUGAGGGCGACGCACCCUACUUUACGCGUGGAGAGUAGGGUGUUCCCAGCGUAUGAGACCCGAGGAGAGCUUAAAGCCGCCACCCUUGCUUUCGUAGACUGGCUGACAACCCUCGUUGUCCAGCUUGAGGUGGACCAUGGAGCCGGCGGAGGCGCGGGCAAGGCCAAGAUAGUGCUCAUGGGUCACUCCAUGGGCGGAUUGCUUAUCGCUGAUGCUGCACGAGACAUCGCUGCGAACACCAGGGAAGGGGACACGAUGUGGCCCAAGGUCGUCGCGCUCUGUGCUUUCGAUACACCUUACCUCGGCCUGCACCCUCACGUUUUCAAACAUGGCAUAUCGACCGCUGCGGGGUACUACGAGACCGCUCGUACAGUUGCCAAUACGAUCGGCUUCAUAUCCCCAGCGGUCCUAGGCUUGGGAAUGGGCAAGUUCGGGUCUUCCUCGAACUCCGCUAGUACUUCUAAAGGCGCAUCACCUACCGCUUCCGGCUCAACCACCCCGCCGAUGAAAUCAUCCUCAUCCAAGCCUGUAUCGCGUACUGCAACUCCUCCGGCCUCCUCAUCGACUACCACCUCCACAUCCACCGAAAAAACCACAGCAACAAAGUCCUGGCUACCGUCCAUGCCCGCCAUGCCCGCUGUCACUCCCAAGACAUGGUACGGCUUCGGCGCGGCUGCUCUUGGGGCAGCCGCAAUGGGCACAGCUUACUACCGGCGGGAAGACUUCGUCAAUGGUUGGAAGUGGGGCGCGGAGCACAUGACGUUCGUGGGCAAGUUAUGGGAUCAGGAGGAGAUGAAUGCUCGGCUGGACGCGAUCGAUCAGUUGGACAAGAAGUACGGGAUACGAUUUUGGAACUACUACACCCACCUCCCACCCAAACCACCCGCCCACCUCGUUACACGCACAUUCACGAUCCUUCCUCCUCCUUCCCACUCUACGUUCUCUCGCUGGGUACCCGCGACGAACCACCUAGCGACCGACGAGGCGAACGCGCACAUGUACAUGUUUAACGGGAAGACGAAUGAUGGGUUCUACGAUAUGGGGCUGGCGGUUGUACGUGGGAUCGGGGAGAGGGUGGAGGAGGAGGGCGUGGUGAGGGGUGGGCCGGGGCCGGGGUUUUGUGAUGCGGAUGAGAAGAUGGAAGUGGAUGAGGAGGAAAAGAUAGAGGCGGGUCCUGGAGAGGAGAGAGACGGAGCGGGUAUACCGGGAUUGGAAGGGGAAAAGGGGGCCUGGGGGAGAUAG